CAAACUAAAAUAAGACUAUUUCUCUUUUCACUGUUCAUUCCCAUGCUACAAAACUCCUUCACUCCUAUCUCUUAUUACUUACUUCCACUCUCCAUCACCAUCACCAUCACCAUCAUCAUCAUCAUCAUCAUCAUCAAUGGCAACCCAAACUAACCACCGUCGUCAACCACCGUAUUCCACCAACCACCACCACCAACAUUCCGACAUCCAACACAUGUUUGAAAAACCUUUGACUCCAAGCGACGUAGGCAAACUAAACCGCCUCGUCAUCCCCAAACAACACGCCGAAAACUACUUCCCACUUGCCGACCAACAAAAAGGUUUGGUACUAUGUUUCGAGGACGAGACCGGAACCGUGUGGCGCUUCCGCUACUCGUAUUGGAACAGUAGUCAAAGCUAUGUGUUGACCAAGGGUUGGAGCCGGUUUGUUAAGGACAAACGGUUGGAUGCUGGGGAUGUUGUGUUGUUUCAUCGCCAUGUUGUGGAAAAUGAUAGGAUGUUUAUUGGGUGGAGACGCCGGAAUGCGGUGGUGCCGGCUCAUGAUAGCGUGGUGGCUCCUGGUGGUGCUCAUGUUAGUGAGUGGAGUAAUUAUCCUGUGCAGUAUUUGAACCAAGGUCUUCAUGCAGGAGAGACGUAUGAAAAUGUGGAUACUUACCAAAGAGGAGUGGUAGCAACAAGACGAUUGAGGUUGUUUGGGGUGAACCUAGAGUGCCCAGACGAUUCAGAGCCAUCAAUGUCAUAUGGUUCGAACCAGGGUGGUCAAUCAGACCAUCAAUAUAACUUCAGUUCCAACAAUUCGCAUCAAGACAUGAGACAUUGAUCGUUGGCUAAAAGUUUUAGAAGACUACCUGAGCUCAAAUAUCCCCUCUAUUCCAAAGCUUUAUGUUAUUCCAUCCGAGAGUUUCAAGUCAUUAGCAAGCUCCAAGGUUUCCAAGUGGCAAUGUAGGGAAUGUUAUGCAUUUUCUUUUUUUCUUCUUUUAUUAACAGUUGCGCAAACGUGUAUAUAUUUAUGAGAUUUGUGGAUAUGUAGAAAAUUUUGGUUUGA